AUGAAAAAGCCCCUGACCUUGUUGGACUAUGCCAAGGAUACUGAAGGAAUCAAAACUGUUGAGCUAGAGGACCUGGACAUCUGUUUGCUCGAUCCACACAUUUCUUUGGAGAAGAUUGACGCAAACACUCUGUACAGCAUCCUAGGACUAGUUUACCACUUCGAGGAUGUUGAGACUGAGAGUAAGACUCGUUCUUUGGGCAACCCAACUGAUAGGAAAUUGAGAUAUUUCUGUGACACAACUGUAUGCUUCCGCUGUGGAGAGAUAGGCCAUGAGUUCAGAGAGUGCACCAAAACGCUCAAGGAGAGCACGUGUGAUUUGUGUAGUCGGGAUGGGCAUGUGAGGGCGCGAUGUCCCUAUAGAUACUGCCAGAGGUGUAAAGGAUUUGGGCAUUUGAUGGAUAGCUGCCCUGGCCCUAAGGAUCUAGACAUACUGAAGACGUGCAAGGACUGCCCUGUAGGAUGCCAUAGUACAGAAGACUGUCCCAGGGCAUGGAAAAGAUACAAACUUAAUGGCAGCACAUCGAGAUAUACCAUAUACAAGGCAUGUCCAAUGUGCCUAUCCAAAAGGCACUUUAUUGAUGACUGUACUUCUUCUGGCAGGCCAAAAUCUUCCAUAUUCAACUCUUCAUACAUUGAACUUGCCAAGUUUUAUAAUAAACAAUGA